UUUCAAUUGACAUAUUCCAUCUAUUAUUAUAUGUGUGAUAUAUGUUUAACAAUUUACACGUUUUCUUAUUGAUUACAAGAACACAAAGCACCAACCUUAAUUUCCAAUUUACGUAACCAGGUGUUCGGCAAAUAGGCAAAACAAUUAUUCACUGAUAUAUACUUAACUACGAAACGUUCACUUUGCAUUCUUUUGAUUGUUCAUAAAAUCACAGACCAAUGAAACUGAAAAUUCGAAGAUGCACGAAGGUACACACGUAUGAAGAGAAUAUAUGAUAAAUACUCGGUGGCGUUCAAAAUAAUUUCUACGUCUCUGAUUCGUUAGCACAAAUUGUAGCGGGCCAAUCAUAGAAAAGGCUAACACUAACUGUGAUAUUUUGAACAGCGUCAACUUCAGUUGCCCAAAAGAGACAAAUGGACACAACAGUAACGUAUUAAUGGCAUAAGAAUUUAAUAAAUGAGAAACAUCGUUAAAUCAGAGUAUAUCACAUCAUAAUUUGUACGUACAAGAAAAAUCAAAUCUUUUUAUCUUAAACAAUUGCAAGAAUGGCUCCAUCAAAAAUUUCAAAUAUGGCAAAUAAACAAAGUGGUACUAAUAUAACCAAUACAAGAAAAAGAGUAACCACUAGGAGUCAAAAUGCUGCAUUAAACAAUGUUUUACUCAAGGCUUCUAUUAUUGGCAAAGAUUCCCGUAUCAAAAGAAAAGCAGAAGCAUCUCCACCAAAAGAAAAGACAGUAAAAAGAUCUGCAUUAGGAAAUAUUACUAAUGCAAUUGGAAAAACAUUGGGAACACAUCAAACACAAGAACCAAAGAAAACAGUAAAAAAGGCAGCUGUUACUCAAGUAAAACCUUUCACUCAGACAAGUUCUAUUAGAACGCUUGAAAAAGUUGUGACUAAACCAGAAGUAGUACCUCAAAAACCAAAACCAGUGCCUCGUGUGAAACCAAUAAAAAAAGAUGAAGAAAAAAUUGAAAUACCUAUUAAAAUUGUAAAAGUUAGACGUAGUUUAGACUUAGAAAAAUCAGAAGAUAGUUCUUUAUACGUAAGUGCAUUAGAAGAUGUUGGAGAUGACAUUGAAAGGAAAUCCAGAAAAAGUAAUAUACAGCCGGAAGAAACUGAAAAGACAAAAGCAGAACAAACAAAAACAGAAAAGACAAAAACAGAAAAUGAACCAAGUGAGUCUGAAGUACCUGCAAAAACUGAAGAGAAAUUAAAGACAAGUCAAUUAGAUGCUGUUCCUGAAAGAAUAUUACCUGAAGGUGUCCAGUGGGAUUUUGAUGCAGAAAAUUGGCUAGAUCCAUUUCAAGUCUCUCAUUAUGCCAUGGAUAUUUUCAAUUACUUAAAAGACAGAGAACGUUUAUUUCCUAUUGGAGAUUACAUGGAAAAACAAGUAUGUCUCUCAAGAUGGAUGAGAGCUUUAUUAGUUGAUUGGAUGGUAGAAGUUCAAGAAUCUUUUGAACUUAAUCAUGAAACUUUGUAUCUGGCUGUGAAACUAGUUGACCUAUAUUUGACAAAAGUAACUGUUGGGAAAGAAACAUUACAAUUGUUAGGUGCUGCAAGUCUUUUCAUAGCAAGUAAAUAUGAUGAAAGAAUACCUCCGAUGGUGGAAGAUUUCUUAUAUAUAUGUGACGGUGCUUACACACAAAAAGAAUUAAUUAGAAUGGAAAUGAGUAUAUUAAAAGUAAUUGAUUUUGAUCUUGGUAUACCUCUUUCUUAUCGAUUUCUUAGACGAUAUGCUAGGUGUGCAAAAGUGUCAAUGCCAACAUUAACGUUAGCUCGAUAUAUUUUGGAGUAUUCAUUAAUGGAUUAUUCAACAAUAAUGUUCAGCGAUAGUAAAAUGGCUGCAUCUGCACUCUUUUUAGCAUUACGAAUGAAAGAUUUAGGAGGAUGGACUCCUACCCUAAAAUAUUAUAGCGGUUAUACUGUUGAUGACAUACGAGAUAUCGUAAAUCUUUUGAACGAAGGGUUACAUCGGAAACAUAAAGAAGCUCUCACUACUAUACGCAACAAGUACAGUCACAAGAUAUUUUUUGAAGUAGCAAAGCUGCCAUUAAAAGACACUUUAGAUAUAUAAAUAGUUUAAUUAAAGAAAUAUAGUUGACAAUAAUACACAGGAUUGCCUAGUUAUUGCUAGAUAAUUUGUAGUAAAAUUUAUAAAAAAAUAAGAUGAGCACUGAGCAUUAGUUUAUAAACCAAAAUGAUCGUUAAUUUAUGUAAUAGUGAAAUUAUAAUAAGAAAAUUUUAAAGUUAUCAGUUAUAUAUGUAUAAGAAAACAAAUGAUUGAAGCUCAGUUUAAAUUUAAUAUAUAUCUACAAGAACCGAUAAAUAUUACAAUUUUUCUUUUUCUUUCUUUUUCUAAUUAUUUAUACAAUAUUAGUAAUCUCUAUUUACAAUCUCAGUAUUUGUAAGUUUUUUUUCUUUUUUUUGUUAAGAAAUUUAUUUUAACGCCACGCUUUUAUACUCUACAAAAAUUAAUAUUUUCAAAAGUAUUUCUAUGCAUGCAAAGAUUGAAAUAAAUCUUUUAUUCGUAUUUUUUUUUUAUAUAUAAUUAUACGAUGCGUUAUUGAAGAUUCAAUUGAUACAUUUAUAUAAAUAUCAAUAAAUGGAAAACUAGGCGAUACUAGUAUUUUAUAAAAAGAGCCGUAUAGAGAAUGUGGCGUAUUGUUAUACAUUGUUGUUGCACUUCAAAGACUAAAUAAAUGGUAUGCUACUAAGGAUAGUUGACGAAUAUAUAUUUUUACUUACCAUAUUUAAUAUCAAAAGAAAGAGAUUAUUUCUUUUUUUCUAUGAAUUAAAUCGAAACAUUAAAACUAUUAAAUUUAAAGUUUUAUAUAUAUAUAUAGAUACAUAAUUUAUAGAGGAAAUAUAUAGAGGAAUAAUUUCUCAUUUACCAUUAACAUGAAAUUGUAUUCACUACUUUCAUUAGUUGCAUACAUAAGUGCAACAAAAAAUUGUUUUUCGAGUUUUACUCAUGUCAUAGUCACUAGCUGUGCCUGUAAUAAAUGUGGGAUAUUCUUCUUUAUAAAAUACCACCUGUGAUAUAUAUGUAUUCAAAACUUUAGUACGAUCAAAUGCAUCAAAAUUUUUUCAUGAACAAUAUUUAUGCAAGUCAUAUGCCUAUCAAUUAAAAAAUAUCUAAGAUUCUUCUUAGAAAACAUGCAUAUUAAAUCAAGAAAGUUGUUGUACAUAGUGAACACGGUUAUCAAUGUGUAAAUAUUUUUAUUAGGUCAAAUUUAGGGUGAUUUCUUUAUAAUGAAAAUUUAUCAUAUAGAAAUACUAUGCAGUAAGACUUGUUGAAAUUAGGUGGUGUAUAUAAUAUAUUUUUGUACCAAUAAUGAGUGUAUUAUUAUCUAUCAUUUUAUAAAAUGUGUGUAUGUGAACUAUUAUAAACGAAAUGUAAUUUAAUAAAAUCAAAUAAUAAUUUUUAAUUUUUCAAAUUAUUUUUUUGUAUGUAUUCCUUUAGUACAUUAUUAGCCCAAAGAAACGUGUAUUACAAAUACUUUCAGAAAAUAAAACAAUAUAUUAGAUUUCAAUAUUUUAUUAUAAACUUCGACCUUAUUAACAACUUUUAUAAAUAAACAAUGCAUACUUUCAAUCAUGACAGGAACCAGGUACAACAUUUAUGACUAUUACAUUUUUUCAGUAUAAAGAUAUUUUUAUAAACCAUUGUGUAUACUUAAAAUAUUAUUGCCGUUUUGCAAUAAAUAUUUAUACUAAUUCAUAUCUGUUUUCUUUUUAAUUACAUUGAAUAUCAAGAUUCACAGUUAAAAAAAAUAAAAAGAAAAUAUAAAUAUUUAAGAUACUACAUUUUUUGAAUACAU